GCGACACGUUCCUCAACAUCGUCAUUUCACUUUGGAAAAUUCAAACUACGAAGAAACAGAUUCAGAUCCACCGAUCUAGAUCCGCGACGAAUGGCUCUCGAAUGGGUUGUACUAGGCUACGCCGCGGCGGCCGAAGCGAUCAUGAUCGUGCUCCUGACGAUGCCGGGGCUCGACGGACUCCGCAAGGGGCUCGUCGCCGUCACGCGCAACCUCCUGAAACCGUUUCUAUCCAUCGUCCCGUUCUGCCUCUUCCUGCUGAUGGACAUCUACUGGAAGUACGAGACGAUGCCUUCGUGCGACGGAGACUCCUGCACGCCUUCCGAGCACCUCCGCCACCAGAAAUCGAUGAUGAAAUCCCAGAGGAACGCGAUCCUCAUCGCGGCCGCGCUCGUGUUCUACUGGAUCCUCUUCUCGGUCACUCAUCUGGUGGUCAAGAUCGAGCAGCUUAGCCAGAGGGUUGAGAGGCUCAAGAACAAGGAUUGAUCCAUCGUCUUUCGUCUCAGGUCCAAUUUAGUGCGAUGCCGUUUUGAUUUUGUAGUAUCUUGUGUGUUUUGUUUGUGCGUUUAUCUUCUGGACAUUGAAGGACCUAAUCGUUGCUACUUUUAUAUGCUUGUUUGCUUAAACAGAUUGAGAUUUUGAGUUUUGAUUGGCUCAUAAUAUUUUAAUUAAUUGAGAUUAGCAUUGGUUGA